AUGGCUUCGAAGCUACUACCAUGGUUAAUCACCACGUUCCUCGUGUUCCUCACGUGCCUUCAACCUUGGACUGUGAAAUCACCCUUUCACCCUCGCGACUUGCUUCCUCUCAUGCCCAAGCAAAUUUCGUGGCCGAUUCUUAAUUCGCUUCAUAGCGCUGUUGAUCUUCUUCCUGUUUUUGUUGGUGCAGUUUCCUCUCCGGUUAAUACUAAUGAGUGGAAAGGUGCUUGCUUUUAUAAGAAUCAGGCGUGGAUUGAGUUUCAUAAUAAAACUGGUUCCCAAUUUGGUGGUGGAACCGUUCACUUAAAGGUUAGCAAUGCUCAUAGUUGGACAUGUUUAGAUAUUUACAUCUUUGCAACCCCAUAUCGUGUGACAUGGGAUUAUUAUUUUUUGGCCCGGGAGCAUACACUUGAAAUCAAGGAAUGGGAUGGGAGAGCCGAGUAUGAGUAUGUAAAAAAUCACGGCUUAUCAAUUUUCCUCUUGAAAGCUGGAAUGUUGGGGACCCUUCAAGCACUUUGGGAGGUCUUCCCUUUAUUUACAAAUACUGGAUGGGGUGAGAACUCAAAUAUCGGGUUUCUGGAGAAACAUAUGGGAGCCUCUUUUGAAACACGCCCUCAGCCUUGGGUUACGAAUAUCAGCGCUGCUGACAUUCACUCUGGGGAUUUCCUUGCUGUUUCAAAAAUUCGAGGUCGUUGGGGUGCUUUUGAGACUCUAGAGAAAUGGGUUAGUGGUGCUUAUGCUGGUCACACUGCUGUUUGCUUAAGAGAUUCAGAUGGAAAGCUUUGGGUUGGAGAGUCAGGACAUGAAAAUGAAAAGGGAGAAGAUAUAAUUGCUAUGAUACCAUGGGAUGAGUGGUGGGAUUUUGAACUGAAUAAAGAUGAUUCUAAUCCCCAUAUUGCUCUUCUUCCUUUACACCCUGACAUUCGUGCAAGGUUUAAUGAGACUGCAGCGUGGGAGUAUGCUUUGAGUAUGGACGGAAAACCUUAUGGUUACCAUAACAUGAUUUUCAGUUGGAUUGAUACUUUAACUGCGAACUAUCCACCUCCCUUGGAUGCUAAUGUGGUUGCUUGUGUUAUGACAAUUUGGAGUCAACUUAAACCUGAAUAUGCUGGAAAUAUGUGGAAUGAAGCCUUGAACAAACGACUUGGAACUAAAGGGCUUGACCUUUCAGAAGUUUUAGUAGAAGUUGAAAGGCGUGGAUCAUCUUUUGAUGAACUACUGACGAUUCCAGAACAGGAUGACUGGAUCUACAAUGAUGGCAAGUCAACUUCUUGUGUUGCUUUUAUACUUGAAAUGUACAAGGAGGCAGGAUUGUUUGAUCCAAUUGCCAGCUCUAUCCAAGUGACAGAGUUUACGAUAAAAGAUGCUUACAUUCUCAAUUUUUUCGAGAACAAUUCUAGCCGGUUGCCAUCAUGGUGCAAUGACGGGGACACCGUGAAGCUUCCAUAUUGUCAGAUCAAAGGAAAGUAUCGGAUGGAGUUACCUGGAUACAAUACCAUGCAACCAUAUCCUCACAUGAAUGAAAGGUGCUCAUCUCUUCCCACAAAGUAUUCCAGAGCCGAGAAUUGCUAG